AUGACGUUUCCCCGAAAAACCGUGUUGACCAACACCGACGAAGUCCAACUGCAUGGCUUCUGUGAUGCGAGUGAGAAAGCCUACGGCGCCUGCAUCUAUUUGCGAGUUUCAAACCAGCAACAGACAGAAUGCAAACUCCUCUGCGCAAAAUAUAAGGUAGCUCCGCUGAAGGUAGUCUCAAUCCCACGCUUAGAAUUGUGCAGCGCUUUACUACUGGCCAAACUAUACCGUACCGUCGUGCACGCCACGGAUCUAAAAAUUCACAGGACCGUAUUCUGGACCGACUCUACCAUCACACUGCAUUGGAUACGCACAGAACCGACCGCUUUAAAAACCUUUGUAGCAAAUCGCGUAGCAGAAAUCCAAGAAACCACAGUUACAUCCAACUGGCGACAUGUGCCCUCCGAAGAUAAUCCUGCAGACAUCAUCUCAAGGGGACAACUGCCAAGGGACUUCAUGGAGCAGUCGAUAUGGCAGGACGGCCCUUCUUGGAUCACCGAGAACGAAACAAAUUGGCCCAAUUUUCAGCUACAACAAAUCGACAACCUCCCCGAAAGACGAGAAAGAGUCUGCCUAUUCACUGCUGCCACACCAAACGAAAUCUUGCAUCGAUACUCCAAUUUCAACCAACUAAUCCGAAUUACAGCUUACUGCCUCCGCUUCAGACAAUUCGGAAGGUUCAAGGGGAACCUACAGUUGGAAGAAUUAACGAACGCGCACAACAGAAUCAUCAAACUAUUGCAAGAAACCAUCUUUCACCAGGAGAUCCACGAUCUGCGCAACAAGGGAACGGUGGACAAACGGAGCAGACUGGCAACACUGUCCCCAUUCAUCGACGUGGAAGGUCUACUACGGGUCGGAGGCAGAUUGAGGCACUCUAAUUUAAAUUACAAUCAGAAACAUCCAACAAUCCUGCCAAAAUCGCAUCAUGUCACCACCAUCAUAAUUAAACAAUACCAUCUCCAGAAUCUACAUACAGGGGCGUUAUCCACAUUACACAACAUCCGGCAAAAAUACUGGCCAUUAGACGGACGGAACCAAGUCCGAAAGAUGAUCCGCACCUGCAUUAAAUGUUUUCGAGUCGAUCCUCCGCGCAGCCAGUACAUCAUGGGUGACUUACCACCCACCAGAAUUACGGAAACCCGUCCAUUCACCUGCGUGGGUAUCGAUUAUUGCGGCCCAUUUUACAUUAAGGAGAAAAAAUACAGAAACCGAAACAAACUAAAAACUUACGUCGCAGUGUUUGUAUGUUUGGCAACUAAGGCGGUACAUUUGGAGUUAGUCAGCGAUAUGACUACGGAAGGUUUCAUCGCUGCUCUGCGCCGUUUCAUCGCCCGAAGAGGCAAAUGCAGCCAUAUUUACUCGGACAACGGGUCAAAUUUCAUCGGAGCCCAUAACGAACUACGUGAACUACAUCUGCUAAUGAACUCCACCAUACAUCAAGAGAAAGUGAAUAAUUUCUCGUCCGACGAAGGAAUACAAUGGACAUUCAAUCCUCCCCACUCUCCAAAUUUCGGAGGAUUAUGGGAAGCCGCAGUGAAGUCCAUGAAGCAUCACCUCAAAAGAGUAGUCGGACAAAAAUUAUUCACCUUCGAAGAACUCACCACUUUCGUCGUUCAAAUCGAGGCAGUCCUCAACUCACGACCAUUAACGCCUCUCUCCUCCGAUCCUACGGACCUGCCCGCCUUAACACCGGGUCAUUUCUUAAUAGGAGCACCACUAACCGACAUCCAAGAAUUUGAUUUCAGAUCCAUACCACAGAAUCGUCUCUCUACAUGGCAACACAUACAGAAGGUACGACGCGAUUUCUGGGCUCGCUGGCAUAAGGGGUACCUGAAUCAGCUAACCGUACGACAGAAAUGGACCCACGGCACACACCCCAUCAAGGAAGAGGAUAAAAUUAGCGUCGCUUCAGAAAACUACCUUGAGGCCUUCGAUUACUUGAAUGAUCAGCUGGCUCUUAUAGCUCCCACUCCUUUAUCGCCCAUUGGGGGGCACAAUUCUACCGCGGAACAUUUGCUCCCUCAACCUGGCCCUUCGGCCACUAUCAAACUUCCGAAGUUGGACUUGCCCACCUUCAAUGGGGAUUUUAAGAAGUGGCCCCAUUUCUCUGACGCGUUCUGCGCGGCCGUCAAGAACGUACAGCACCUUUCGAAGGCGCAGAAGAUGCAGUACCUUGAUGCCUGUUUGAGGGGAGAACCAAAGGAUCUUAUCGAGCACCUCGAGAUUUGCGACGCGAACUUCGAUAUAGCCUGGGCAUCCCUAGUCUCCGAGUACGCGCAUCUCCGUGUGCUGGUCUCGGUACAGUUAGACAGACUUUGUGACCUGCCGUCUGUGCAUCACGAUAAAAUAGACUCUCUAAAAAAGGGGAAAGCGGAGGUCGUCCAAUCGCUGGCCGCUCUGAAGAAACUCAAAUGCCCCGUAGAGGAAGUCGACUUCCUGGUAGUUCAUCUAGCCGUUAGAAG